CUCUCUAAACCCCAGCACAACAUAACACAACAACACAACACAAACGCAUCACACAACCUCAGAGCGACCCGACCAAACCGCCACCAUGUCCGGCGCUCUGAGAAGAAACACUACCCUCACCCGCCUCUUACACAACCACACGCGCCACCGCCCGAUCCCCACCUCUCCGGCGGCUCAGUUCCAGACCAAAGCCUACCUCCGAGCCCCCAAUGUCUUCCGCAAAGCCAAAGACAACUACUCCCUCCUCUCCUCCUCCGCCUUCUUCUCCGCCAAGCCCUCCUCCUCUUCCUCCGCCGCGUCUUCCUCCACCGGCCUCGUCGCCUGGUAUCUCGGCCUCGUCAAGAACCGCCCCGUUCUCACCAAGAGCAUCACCGCCGCCCUCAUUUACACCGCCGCCGAUUUGUCCUCCCAGACUAUUGCGAAAUCGGAUUCUUAUGAUCCUGUGAGGACAUUAAGGAUGGCCGCAUAUGGGAUGGUGAUUUUGGGGCCUUCGCUGCAUUUUUGGUUCAAUUUCAUGGCCAAAACGUUUCCGAAACGUGAUAUGUUAUCGACAUUGAAGAAAAUGGCUAUGGGGCAGGGAGUGUAUGGACCUACUAUGACUGUUGUGUUCUUCUCUGUCAAUGCGUUUUUACAAGGUGAAAAUGGUGGAGAAGUUUUCGAUCGUUUAAAGCGAGACUUGGUUCCUACAUUGUUGAGUGGUGUUAUGUAUUGGCCAAUGUGUGAUUUCAUCACAUUUAGAUUCAUUCCUGUCCAUUUGCAGACAUUAGUGAGCAAUGGAUUUUCAUAUCUAUGGACCAUUUAUUUGACAUACAUGGCAAGCCUGGAGAAAGCAAGUGCAGUAGCUAUUGAUUGACUGUAGUUGCCUUUUUCGCUCGUCUUCAAGAUUUAGACUUUUCUCCACGAACUUGCUUGGAAGUUGCUCGUGAUGCGACAUGGUAAACCCUCGCAGAAGUGCUAAUGUGACAUCCAUAGCCCAAGCAUGUUUGAAGCUGAAGCUAUGACACUAAUUUCAAAUUAGACCAAGUAAAUUCAUUGGUGAUCAUGUUUAGCUACCUGUAAAACAUUCGUAUACAUGAUGCUUUUAUGUUCUUGGACCCAUGUUUAAGGGGUUUGUAAAGUGGUGGGUUAAUGUUAUUGAAGACACUUUGGAACU